UCUUGUGCACGAUCAGAAUCCAGGCACCCGUGAAAGAUGACAGGUCUUCUUCUACCGUGGGCGGUACUGACAACGUUCUUCUCAACAGGUGUCGCCCUAGAAAAUGUUGCUCUUCACAAGCAAGCGGUACAGCAAGUUCCUAACACGGCAGCCCAUGCUGGUCUAUGCACCGACGGUUACAACGACGGGGUUUAUUUCGACAACUCAGCUUGCUGUAUGCUUAGUGGAAGUUGGUGGAUAGUUGAUCUCGCCAACGUCUACAACAUCUCCCACGUCAUCAUCUACAGACGGACGGAUGGUGCCUAUCCCAACAAUGCCGUGGUGGAAGGGUUUCUGCAGUACCCUCCGAUGUGCCCAGGAAGUGGCGUGGAGUGUGCCCGUGUUAACCGUGCCCUUCAACCAGCGGAGAAUAUCAGCUGUUCGACUCCUGUGGAGAUGAGGUACCUGAGGGUAUCAAGCAGUUCCUCAGGCCGUGCAAUAUGUGAGGUGGAAGCUUAUGGAUCCUUUGUUCGUACAGCCAGUCCAGGUGACUGUCCACGUGUUGAGAUGACUCCACAGCUCAACAAGAAGCUGACUGGUGCGGUUUCCACAUCAACCAUAACAAGUACAAGCGCUGCCUGUGGGAUUGAGUGUGUAAAAGGAGGUAACUGUACAUCUUUCAGUUACAACAGUGCCACAGGUGAAUGCUUGUAUUCCUCAAGAUUGCUUAUUCAAACCAACAUGGUAUCUAAAGCAAACUGGGUUCUGUACAUACCCUGUUUCUAAGCAGAACCAGAUGAUCAUUCAUAUCCUGUCGUUGCUGAAAACUAUCUUAUGUCUGAAAAUACGAAUCAAUAAUUUUC